AUGCCGUACGCCUCCAUCACCAGCAACGUCCUCAGGUCCAGCGUCGACAAGGCUGCUGCCAGCGCCGCGAUUGCCAAGACCCUCGAGGAAUCGUCCGGUUUCCCGGCUGCCUUCAUGAUGGUGGAGCUGAACCUGGAAGUGCCUGUGCUUCUGCAGCUCAACGAUGAGCCAGCAGCAUAUGUGCACGCUCGCUGCAUCGGUCGCAUCGACUCUGAGCGCAACCCCAAGACCAUCGCGGCUCUCACCAAGACGGUUUCCGAGCAGCUCAAGGUGCCCGCGGAACGGAUUUACGUCGUGCUGGAGGACAUCAAGGUUGGCAACUGGGGUGCGGCCGGCACGACGGUCGUCCCUCCUACGAACUAA